AUGUACUUCAAAGGGACAAACUUAAUGAAGAGGAAGAUGUGCCAAAUUCAGAACUCACCACGUCGGAGGACGGCUCAGAAUAUCCAGACUACCAAUACGCGAGCGUCCACAAGCAGAGUCACUACCCCACGGCAACAAGCAAUUGCAGGCGAAACUCCGGAUGGGCACAAUACACAAGGGCAACGACACUCUGGCAAUUCUACCACUGCGACAGAUGCAAGACCAAGUGGAAGACCGCUGGUGACACCAGCAAACAAUGGGAGAGUGGUGGAUUUUCAGAAUCCAUCGCCUCCUCUUCCUUAA